UGCUCAGCCCCGGCUCCGAGCAGAGGAAUGAAGCUGCGCUCACACCCCAGGGCAGGGGGCUGAAUUCAGCUGGUGCACAAAGGCCAGGGCCUGUCUCUGGGGAGACUGCCGCCCCCCAGGCCUCGCUCAGCCACACAGCAAAGGGGUGGGGGGCCCAUGAUUGGGCUCCCAGGUCAAAGGAGGACUCUGUGGUUCUGUUUUCCCUCUUGAACUCACAGCUCCAGCCCGUGUGAGCUGAGAGCUGACGACUAGGGCAGAGGCAUGUCCUGGCAUGGGACCCUCUCUGCCCGCAGCCAUGGAAGAGGAGGAGAAUCCACCUCCCCUGGCACCGGAGGAUCCAGUGGGGGGCAGUGAGGAGCAGGGGCGGCCAAGCGAUUCCCCCCCGGACAGGGAGCCAUGUCAGCCGGUUCCUCUCUGCACUGGGCAGGUCAUCAUGCUGAAGGCCCUGCAGCAGGUGGUGAGCGGCAGCUUCCAGAGCGAGCGGCCAGGCCGGGCCAGCGAGAAAGAUGCGGAGAGGAAGAAGAUGAGCCGGAAGAAAUGGUGUCGGAGCCCCCGGGCGGAUGGGCCUGGCAGUGGCAAGGGGGGCACCGGGGACCCUAUGGGCACGUGUGACCGGAGCAGCACUGUCCCCGAGGCCCUGGGUCUGUUCUCUGGCCUGGCAGGGGCCCUGCAGUUCCUGCAGAGAUCAUGCACCGCCUCCGUGCAGACCCGGCUCCUCCUGGGGCCCCCGGCCAUCUGCGGGGACGCAGAGCCGGACGAGGUGGAGCUGGUGGCCGAGGUACGGCUAGGGGAUGUGGCCGCUGCGUCCGGCAUCUUCAGGAGAGAACGGGCCUGGAGGGUGCACAAAUCAGCCUCCUUACCUGGCCCCUUGGCGCCAUGCUGGAGAGGAGCCGGCAGCCUCCCUGCCGCCCUGGCCCCGCCUUCCGGCCCCCUGGACCUUAAGUGGCCACACAGGACUCAUGGGGGCGCAGCCUCGCUCCCCGGCACGGGCAGGACUCGGCGCGUCCCCGGCCGCUGGGCUGUGGCCCUGGGCACUGGCACGGGAGUCUCCAAUGGGCAGCAGCGGCCCCAGGCCCCAGCAGGCAGGGACCCGGAGGCCCAGCGCUCCCAGCCGCCCCCCACCAGUGCCCUGGAGAAGGCCGAUUCCAGCUCGUCGUCGUCCUCCUCCUGCUCCUCCUCCUCGUCAUCCUCCUCCUCCUCCCAGCAGGCAGCGCCCCCUGGGGGCGGGGACAGCAACCCCUGCCCCCUGCGCUCGCCAGACCUGGAUAUUUAUGAUCCCUUCCACCCAACGGACGAGGACAACCCCGGCGGGGACUUUGGCUAUGCAGCCUCGCCCGGCAAGCAGCAGGACCAGAAAUACGACCCCUUCGACCCCACUGGCUCCAACCCCAGCUCCUCCCGCAGCAGCCCCUCCCCCGACGAGGAGGAGGAAGAGGAAGAGGAGGAAGAAGAGGACGACGCCGCGGCUGCCCCCCGGCCCGACAUGUCCCACAGCAUCAGCCGCAUCUCGGAGACCCUGGCCGGCAUCUACGAUGAGAACAGCUUGAGCCAGGACUUCCCCGGCUCGGAGAAGGGGCGGGAGGAGGCGGAGCCCAGCGAGGCACCAGUGGCUGGUGGCCGGCGCCCCGAAAAGGAGCUGGCGGCCGGGGCCGACUCCACCCUGCCCGAGGAGGAGAACGCGUCGGAGCAAUCGGAUGGGGCCCCUGAGCCACCCCCGGAGCCACGGCGCCGUGUCUUCGUGGUGGACCUGGCCAGCAAGAGCCGCUCGGAGGCGGAGGCCAACCCCAAGCUGGAGGGGAAGGUGUCGCUGGAGGUGGUGACGGCUGGAAACCCCAAGGCACCAGCACGGGGGGAGAAGGGCCCUAAGGCGGGCCGGCACCGGGGCGGGCGGCGCCCCUCUCUGGACUGGGCCGGCGCCGACUCGGAGAUCGAGGAAGGUGAGAUCGUGCAGCCAGAGGAUGAACGCUACAGCCCCAUCCGGCUCUUCCGCAGCCGGUGCCGGCCAGUCGAGCAGCGCCCCCUGCGGGUGGCAGAGGGGGACGAUUUCCUGUCUCUCCACGCCGACUCGGACGAGGAGGGAGACUUCGGCGAAAGCCAGCCCGAGCCCCGGUGGAAGGCGGCUGCUGACCUGCGGCGCAAGAUCCUGACGCAACGCCGCGAGCGGUACCGCCAUGACUCACCCAAGCACUCGGGCUCCAGCUCGGGCUCCCGCAAGAAGGCCAAGCGGUCCCGUGAGCGCCGGCCCCCCAAGGCCAAGGAGCCCCGCGCCGGACCCUGGCCCCCCAAAAAGAAAUCCAAGUCGCGCUCAAAGUCCAAGGAACGCCGGCGGUCCCGGUCCCGCCGGCGCGGCUCCCGCUCCCGGUCCCGCCGGCGCGGCUCCCGCUCCUGGUCGCCCUCCCUCAGCACCAGCCUGUCGGCCAUGGGAUCGGAGCGGCGCCGGCGGUCACGGGAGAGGCGGCGGGGCCGGCGCUCGCGCUCAGGGAGCCGGGCGCGGCACAAGGAAAAGCACCGGGACGGUGGCGGUGGCAAGAAGAAGAAGAAGCAGCAGCGCUCCCGCUCCCGGGAGAAGCGGCCGCCCCGCGACAAGGAGCGCGAGGUGCACGUCCUGGAGGAGCCCAAGGCGGAGGAGCGCCGUCGGGACGCACGCACUGUCGUGCCGCCCUCCAUCCAGGACCUCAACGACACCGACCUCUUCACCAUCAAGAGGACCAUCACAGUCAGCCGGCAGGAUGGCUCCCCGGAGCCGGCCAAGCGGGAAGUGCUCUACGACUCGGAGGGGCUGAGCUUCGAGGGCUGCUUCUCAGAUCGCGAGCCCGCCGAGGGGCCCCGGCAUUCGAGCAGCAAGGGGGAAGGGGGGCUGCCCCGCAAGGAGCGGCCGGAGGAGGAGGCCAAGCCGCCCAAGGAGAAGGAGCGGAAGCGGGGAUACACGGAGGAGCGCCCCGCGCCCCGCGAGAAGUCCAAGAAGAGGUUCAAGGAGGCGCCGGGCCGGUCGGCACCCGAGGUGGGCAAGGCGGAGAAGGAGAAGUCGCGGCCGGAGCGGGAGAAGCCCCCCCGGAAAGCCAAGGCUGGGCACAAGGACAGUGGCAAGGCAGGCGGCUCGGGCCGCAAGGUCAAGCUGCAGUCCAAGGUGGCGGUCCUGAUCCGCGAGGGCGUCAGCAGCACCACGGUCUCCGGCAAGGAAGGGGGCUCCAUCGGCAUCAAGUUCAGCCGGGACAAGGAGAGCCGCUCACCCUUCCUCAAGCCGGAGGAGAAGGGGCCUGGGGCCGACGCCAAGGCGGAGCCGGCCAAGGAACCGGGUGUGAAAGCCAAGAAGGUCAAGGGGCUGAAAGCCAAGGCUGGGCUGAAGAAGGCCAAGGGGCCGGGGGCCAAGACCAAGGGGCCCUCGGAGGCCAAGAAGAAGAAGAAGCUGAAAGCCAAGACGGGGCUGAAGAAGUCCAAGGCGGACAGCUGCAGCCAGGGGGCCGGGAGCCCGCCUGCCCCCGCCCCGGAGCCGGCGGAGGGCGCCUGCUCCCCACGCAGCCCCCCGCCCAAGCCGCCGCCCGCCCCGGCCGAGCAGGAACUGACCCCCGACUCGCAGACGGUGGACAGCAGCUGCAAGACGCCCGACGUCUCCUUCCUGCCCGAGGAGGUGGCCGCGCCCGUGCCCGGCGAGCAACAGAGGGCGCCGGCGGGCGAGGCCCAGGCCGACAGCCUCUCCGAGCCCAAGGAGGAGCCCGCUCGUGUCCCGCCCCCGCCCCCGGCCCCCACAGCCUGGAACUUGCAGGGGGGCGUGGACUGCACCACCAGCAGCGUCCUGGCACUGACCGCCCUGCUCUUCAAGAUGGAGGAAGCCAACCUGGCAAGCCGGGCCAAGGCCCAUGAACUGAUCCAGGCCACCAACCAGAUCCUGAGUCACACCAAACCCUCCACAUCCUUAGCCGGCUCCCAGGUGCCUGCACCGCCUCCCACCCACACGGCCGCCCCCUACCUGCUGCACGGCUCCCUGCCCCUGGUGGGCUGCAGCUCCACACCCCCGACCCCCACCGGGCUGCCUGGCACCCUCGGCCCGGCCUCAUCGGGCCCUGGCAGUGGGACGCUCUUUGGCACCGGCUCCGGCAGCGACCUGGGCAAGCGGGACGGGAGCACCAGCUCCGACGGGCGCGGGGACACUGAUAAGUACCUGAAGAAGCUGCACACGCAGGAGCGGGCGGUGGAGGAGGUGAAGCUGGCCAUCAAGCCCUACUACCAGAAGAAGGAGAUCACCAAGGAGGAAUACAAGGACAUCCUGCGCAAGGCGGUGCACAAGAUCUGCCACAGCAAGAGUGGGGAAAUCAACCCAGUGAAGGUGAACAACCUGGUACGGGCCUACGUUCAGCGUUACAAGUACUUCCGGAAACACGGCCGCCGCAUGGAGGAGGAGCCGGGGGGCCCCAAGGACCUGGGGGCGCUGGAGAAGGCCUCGCUCCCCAUGCCCCCCCUCUGAGCCCGGCGGGGGGCCCACCCCCCCAUCUUCGUCUCUAGCUAACUUGGACCCCCUUAUGCAAAAGGGGAGGGGGCCCUGGAAUGCGGGGCGCUCGUGAGCCGUUGCAGCGCGACUUCCCCCCAGCCCCCCCAGACUCUGAAUGGUUUUAAACAGGAACAGUUUUACUCUGUACAUAUGGCUGGGCUGGACUUGGGGGGGGCGCGGGCCUGGCUGGGGGGGCCUGUUCGCGGGCUACUGUCCCCCCGACUUCCCCCAUUUUACUCAUGUUAGCAUGUUUUUAUUUGGAUUCCUCCCUCCAGGGAAUGGGGGGACCCCUCUCAUCCAGCCUCCCCUACCUCCAGCUGCCCUGGGGGGAGGAGCAGCCAGCAGCUCUCGUGGUGCAGACGCCCCUCCGCAGCUGGUGCCCCCCAUUUCUCUGCCCCCCAUCUCUGUAUCUCCCUUUCUGUCUCUUCAUAAACUGCGUUAGCCACUUG